AUGGGCGUUGUUCCGGGCGUUUUAAUUAUGUUACGUUCUGUUCCUCCCAAACAUAGAAGCAUUUCUUUGGGUUUUAAUGGUUUUCUUGUUAGUUUACUCGCAACUUUACCUUCCCCAAUCAUUUGGGGUGCAAUAAUUGACAAUUUUUGUCUAUUUUGGACACAAAAGUGUGAUAACAAAGGGGCAUGUGCUUUAUAUGCAACAGACAAACUUCGAGUUUGGCUUCAUUCACUUUAUGGUGCUCUUCGUCUUCUUUCCUUUAUUGCCGAUCUUUUUGUUAUUUAUCAUUCAAAAGGAUUAAAGUUAACAGAUUCUGAAAAUGAAAAAUUGGAGGAAGAUAAAGAAGAAAAUAAAAAGGAAAAGGAAAAUGGAGUUGGUGAACAGUUAGAACAACAAAAAGAAUUUGAGGAAAAUGAUUUAGAAAGAAAAUUCACUCAUGUCCAUGACAUUUCUUGCGCGCCGCCUGACUACGAAAAUAAUAAAGAAAAAGAAUUUUAUGAGAAAGAAUUCCAAAGAAUUUCAAAAAUGUUAGAUAAAGAGGAUGCUUUAUACAAAGAAAGACGAUUAUCUUUACCUCCAUUUUACCCCCAAAAAUCUUCUAGUUUGCCGAGAGAUUUUUUAAAACCUGGGGAAAUUUAUCAUCGAAGAACUGCAAGUAGAGAUGAAAAAGAAUUAUUAAAGGAGAAGAAAGAUGGAAUUUUAAUAAGCCCCAGUGAAUUCGAGGCAAUUAGGCGAAGUACUAGUCAACUUCCUUUUAUUGAAUAA